ACCGUUAUAGGAUUGGGACUUCUGAUUGGUCAAUGUCGUCUUGCCAUAAAAUAAUAAGUGCUUUAAGUAGAGGGAGUGGCACAAUUUCAAGACAUGACAUUCCUAAUUUCCAAGCGGUCUUAAAAAAAAUAACAAUUCAGAAAAAACGUACAAAACACCAAAUACGCUCAAACAUACCCAGCUGCUUGGAGAUUAGACCAUUUUCACUUUCACGGAAGGGCAAAGGGGCAUCCGUUCUUUCUCGGAACCUUCCUGCUCAUAGUCACGGUACGCAAUUGACAUUUUUGAGUAAACAACUUGACCCUCGCGCGGCCACCUGUACCAGUACGUUCACAGGGACAUAUGGCGCUCUGUUUUGAGUGGUGCUUUGUCUCUGAUCGUUAACUUACUAGUCCACUCACGGUGUUCUGUACUUGGAGAACUGCCCCCAGCUAAGGAAGAUAUCUGAUAGUAGAGGCUCUCGAGUGAGUCUUGUUACGCUUUCUGAAGCCGAACCUUAAGCCACUUCCUGGUCGGUACUGGAUUUGAAAAUCUCGAAGACUGAGAAGCACCAUGAAGUGAGCAUGCCAGCGACCGUGAAAACAUCUCAGAAGAGUCAACAAAACACAUUCCUGUGAAAACAGAAAUGGCGAACCUGAUGUCAUUCCGAAUGUCGUCUCUUACGGACGACCCAGAUCCAACACGCGCGGUUCCCGCCUGUACGGCGAUGGUAGCAGCUAUACGGAACCGGGAUCGGACGGGACUCAGGGAAAAGUUACGAGACAAUAACGUUCACCACUUUCGUACUGUCGCCGGCGACACCUUACUACACCUGGCCGUCAGGACAGGUGACGUCGACAUAGUACAGAUUCUUCUUGACGUUGGACAUAUGGACGUGAACGUCCCCGGACAGGACCACAGGACAGCCCUUCACGUAGCCGUCAACAGUAAUGACAUAGACAUGGUCGGCGUACUCCUCGACAACAACGCUGAUAUCGACCUCCAGGAUAACUACGCCAUGUCACCUCUGACCCUGGCAGCGUCUCGUCCCCAGUGUUCAUCAGAACUCUUCAAGCACAUGUUGAGGAAGAGUGACCGCGUGACGUGCGAUCGGAGGAAAGGACCUUGUGUGCCUGGUUCCACCUCAGACAUCUCCAAGAAACUGAGUGUCAAGUUCAGCGACAAGUUCCAGUCGACGCCGAUGAUGUUGGUGGCCCGUGUCGGGGGGCACGACUCUGUGGUGAAGCUGUCUCUACUGCUGGAGCACGGUGCCGAGAUCACCAUGAGAGACCGCGACGGUAGAAACGUGCUGCACCAUGCCGUGGAGCAGAGCGAAUCGCUGGAAGUUGUCAACAGGCUUCUGGAGGACCCAAGAUCUGGACGUCUCAUCAAUGCUGGAGACACAAACGGCAGCCUUCCCCUGCACUAUGCAGCAAAGUCUGGCUUCAUUGAGAGUCUGAAGUGCCUUCUUGAAGCCGGAGCUAACAGGAAAGAAACCAACGACGAUGAUCAGACCGCCUUACACAUGGCCUCCAGGUAUGGCCAUCUGAAUGUGGCGGAGGUUUUACUGAUGGUGGACGAUGCACAGGACCGUAAGAUGCUGGUGAGGGCGGAGGAUAGACUGGGACGUCAGGCUCUUCACGAGGCAGCUUCACACGGGCACCACGGCAUCGUGCGUCUCCUGCUCCACAACCAAGCACCCAUCACCGAGACCACGGACGGCUCCAGCCCGCUGCACCUGGCCGUGCAGUGCGGGGAUCUGAAGACGGUGAUGGCGCUGCUCGAAGUUCACCGGGAGUCCCUUCAUUGGACCGAUAUCAACGGGGACACACCCUUACACGUGGCUGCACGAAGGAACCACGCCCACCUCAUCGACGCCCUGCUGUACGAAGGCAACCUUCCUGAAGAAGGCGCCGCCAUGAAGGGGAACAGCAAACGUCAGAAUGCCCUGGACGUGGCCAUCGAGGCAGAGGCGCAGGAGGCUGCCAUAGCCAUGGCCAAGCACAAACUGUGGCGCAAGGUUCUGAAACACCCGGACGACUCUAGCCACUCCAGCAAAUUACCCCAGCUCUACAACAUUGUCAAAACUAUUCCUGACGCGGCGGUGGAGUUCAUGGACAGGAUGGUUGACAAGGAGGGAGAGGUGGUUAAUCCGUAUGACGUCACGGAUAAGAGGAAGGCAUGGAAAUAUGACUUCAGUUAUCUUAAUUCAAGGGAUCCUCAUCGUUCACCACUGAAGGCAAUCAUCGACCAUGGUCGCUGGCAGUGCCUCCAGCACGGCUUGGUAGAGAAGAUCAUAGAGCGUAAAUGGAACAUAUACGGACUGAAGAUCUUCCUGGCAGGACUUCUGCUGCACAUCAUCUACGUCCUACUGAUCACGAGCUGUACGUUGAGUGAGGAUUCCCUGGUGAGAGGCUACAUAGACUGGCGAAACCGAUCACUAAACGGCACUCUCAACACGACCGAGACACACGGGAUGUGCUGGGGAAACUUGCUGCACUCAUCCAACUGCGCCUUGCCGUACUUAGUCCUGGUUUUCUCCGUGCUAGCCAUCGUCGCGGAAGCUUACAAAGUAUUCUCUCGGGGAAUGCGCUAUCGGUUGGUCUGGGACGUGCGCAUGAUGAAUUGCACGCUGUACGUCAGUGCCUUCGUGUACGCUCUGAGUUUCCCCGUCCCCGCCAUCCUGGGCGGUGACGAGUCGGCCCGGACAGUGGUGGGCGCCAUCGCCGUGCUGUUCGGAUGGCUCAUCCUCGUCCUGUUUCUCAGGAGGAUCGCCAUCAUCGGCCUGUACGUGUACAUGAUGAGCGCCAUCUUUAAGACCUUGGUGAAGGUGCUGACCGUGUUCGUGCUGUACCUGAUCGCCUUCAGCUUUGCCUUCCACCACCUCAUGUUCAAGUCUAAGGUUGAGGGAUUCAGCCACCCUUUGUUGACCUUCAUGACAACUGUAGGAAUGAUGAUUGGGGAACUCGAGCUGAACGAUUCCUUCAUCUCCAGGACCGUUCUGUACGAACCCGGCUGGAGCAAAACUGUGGUCCUUCUCCUCCUGCUGCUCUUCGUCUUGUUGAUGAACAUCGUCGUCAUGAAUCUUUUGGUGGCGCUGGCUGUUGAUGACACACACUCAAUUGACCAGGAGGCCUCGUUGGAACAGCGCAUACAGCAGGUUGAGUACAUUCUAGAAAUAGAGUCAGAGUUCGGAAGGAUUGUGGGGGAUCGGUACUUCCAGGUGCCAGACUGGACAGCCAAGCACAAGAGGAGCUGGAUCGACCAGGUCUUUAACGUGAAGAAAACCCGGAUCAAGGCAGACCGACGUGGUGGAGGCAUGAACAAAGCCGGACAAGACCAGGACGCCAAGAGACUGUCUCGAGUGUGAAGCAGCGACGUCCCGUCAGUUUGUAUAUUUUAAGGCUUUCUUCGUCAUAUUUUAGAUUCAACACAACACAAUGCAGAUCGAUGUAUGAACAUCUUAGCUUACGUAUGUUACCAGAAUUCAUAUAUCCUUGGGCUUGCCAUUUUUCUGAGACUUGGUAAGAUAUGAAAUUCGGAAUUAAAAUGGUAAUAUCAAUCCAGAUUAGAACAAAGUACGCAUGAAAUAUAAUUAAUGUAUCAACUUUGCAAUAGAUAAGGCUUUACUUUGGGGUUUUUGGUAUCGAACGGUUCAUGAACAAAAAGGCAGUAUUGUCUUCCUUCUGCGAUGUCUGUCAUGUAAUUGUAGGUACUUAAACAAGGCAAAUUGCAUCGAUUUUGUGGAUGAUACCCACUUGGCAUCCCGAAAUUUGAUGUGAGCGACGGAAAUGUAAGAAAUUGAGAUUUGUUAAACUUCAUUAACGAUGAAGGUUGUAAAAUAAUUGAAGUCGUAAACAGUUUAUUAUAUGAUAAGCAAUAACUCAUUGUUCUUUCAUAAGCGGAUCUAGCAGGGCUGUAGGUAAAUCCGUGUGUCUGUAUUAUAUAAUUCUAUAGUCCGAUGUUUAGAUGUUUAUUAUAUAAUAUAAGUGUAUGCUAUGAGAAGUUUACUAGGUAAAAGAACAAAGUGUUGAAAACAGGAUAAGAUCUCAAAUCAGAUGUUAGGAUGGAAGAUACUAGUAGUUUUUAGAUCAAAUGCGUACCCUUACUCAACCUUCCGGCAUGGAAGACCAUACAAGGCAUAUAAAACAGCAGAUACACAAGGUUAGCUUUCAUUCCACGCUGUUUAUUGUCACCCAAUGUCCGUGUACACAAAAUGUGCGCGUCUUAUUAUCUCAACAAUCAAUGAAAGCUCUACUUAUACAAACGUUACGUCACCCGUAAUGACAAGUCUUCUAAACAUAAUCAAAUCAUAAUUAUAUACAUGACAAAAUGUACAAAAAUAUGUUAUGGCAUAUAUGCAUAUAACAAACAGAUAUUCAUUUAUCUUAACAAGUCAUUUAAAUCAAGUAUAACGAAUCAUACAAAACGAAUAGUCUCUGCAAUUACCAUUUGUUAAGCUUCUAUAAUCAAGCGCCAUGGUUUAAAGCUGCACUCGUUGCAAACCGUUGCAAUCACUGAUCUGGUUGAUAUCCAUGGUAGAUAUAUUGAUUCGUUUUCAUUUAAUUAGCUCACAAUAAAUGGCUGCGAUAAAACAUUUACGUCAUAGCA